AUGAAAUUGGAUCAAUAUUAUAAACCAUCUAGCGUGAUUUGUCUUUUAGUACUGGCUUUUGGCACCAUGGCUACUAAGCUGGCUGUUAGGGGCGUUUCGCCACCGGACCAGCACUUAUAUGAACCGAUUCCCGGAGAUCCCACGCAUUGGCAUUGCUUGAACGAUUCUUCGAUAGUUUUGAACAUAGAUCAGAUUAAUGAUGACUACUGUGACUGUCCUGAUGGCUCUGAUGAGCCUGGAACAAGUGCAUGUGGAGGCCGGACCCGUUUUUACUGCGAAAACAAAGGCUUUAUAUCCAAAACUAUCGAGGGCUAUAAGGUCAGUGACGGUAUUUGUGACUGCUGUGAUUGUUCUGAUGAAUAUGAGCGUGAGCCUUGGAUGCGGGGUGCAACUUGUGAAGCCUUGGCUGAAGAUUAUAAGGCAAUGAUGAAGGAAGAACUUUCAAACGUUGAAGAGGGAGUUCGUAUAAUGCGUUCGAUCACUUCCUUUAACGGUAGUGUCGAUAAGGAUGAGGAGAUUAGCAGACUCAAUAACAGUUUGCUUUCUUUUGACGAGCAAAUUGAGAAACACGGCUUGCUUCUUACCGAUGUUGAGGAGUUGUAUCGUUCAAAGCUGGAAACGUCAGACCCAGUUAUAGCGAAAUUCAAGAACUUAAAUGUUGAAGGACUGGUAACAUCAAUCGAUGAGAUAUUUUCAUCUCACUCACGUUUGUCUGCAGCCUACCAAGAUUUGCGCCAAAUAAUGCUUACGUUGGCCACACACUAUAAUUCACAGCUAAAGAACACUGAUGUGAAUGCAAAUAUCAACAAGUUCGAAAACUAUAUGGAAAAUCAUGGGCAAGAGCACAGUUUUAGUUCUAGUUUGGACGACUUGCAGCAUCAGCAGCUAAAGGACUACUUUAAGGAUGAGCUGUUUGCUACAUUUGUUAAUAAGCAGACAGAUGCCAAAGCAAAGGACAUUAUCGGUAAGUACCAUGUUGCCAGGGCAAUGCUUUUGUCUAAAUAUGAGACCAAGGAUGAGCUACUGAAAGCUUUGCAUUAUUUGCAAGGCCUCAUGGACAAUAUCAAAGCCAGCCAGACUGCUGGUAUCCGCGAUCCUGCAGUCAACAUCGCAAUUGAGUCAUACGACAACUACUUGCAUAAAUAUGAAGGUUCGCUAAACAACGUAGAAAAGCCAAAAGAUCUGUUCGACAACUUAACACAAAUUGGACAUUUGGUUAUCAAAGAAGCUCCCUCUAUCGAAAAUCCGGAUCAACAUCCCGGCAGCGAUAUAUGGGGCAUCCUCGCACCCUUAAAGCAGAUGUUCUUCCACUCGAACAACGACCCCUUAAAGGAACAGAUUGACAGCUUGAAAUCUACUAUAGAAAAGCUCACGGAUGAGAGGAAUUCUGCAAUGACAAGGCUCCAAAAACUGCGCAGAGAAGUAGAAAUAGCAAACGAAAGUAGCGGCCAGCUUUCUAUUCUAAAGAACCAAAUCUUGAAAUUUGGUGAGCAUCUCGACGACUCCUGUAUUACCAAAAAGCUCGACGAAUUUGAAUACUCCGUCUGCCCAGUACUCGAGAGAGGUACUAUCAUACAGACAAGUGAUGAAAGCUACGAAAGAGUGCUAAUAGGUAGUUACUCUUCCUUCCACACUGACGUGCCUGCGGCAAACGAAUACUACCUCCAACAUCUUCGCGCCAACUAUCGCCACGAUAACCUCAUCUCAAACCUCCUAAAUGCCUCCUCGACCACCCCACAACCGGACGUAAUAGGAAACUUAAUGGACGUCCACAACGGACUGGUUCUUACUUUCAAAAAUGGAAAACCCUGCUGGAACGGACCAAGAAGGUCCGCAACUGUUCACUUCCUCUGCGGAAACGAAUCCAAAAUUAUAACAGUAAAUGAACUUUCCCGGUGCACUUAUACAGUUCUACUUUCAAGUCCCCUCGGGUGCAACUUAAACUUCAACUACAAAGCACCACCAUUGAACUUGUAA